UUUACACACAAUUAUGUAACCUAAAUAACUUAGUUUUGUUUGACUGACUUGUUUCCAUCUUGUUUUAAGUCAGAGAGAUGAAGGACCAUCAGAGUCUGUCUGAGAACAUGUCGACAGUCAUCAUGUUACUGAGUGUCUUCUUUCUUCCUGGUGUCUUUGCUGAACGUUGUGGUGGUCAUACAGCUGGCUUUCUCAUUAAAACACCAAAGUCCAUUGUAGCACUGAGUGGAUCGUGUUUCCAUGUACCAUGUAGCUUCAAAAUUGAAGAUGGAGAAAAUGAUUUUAACAAUGGAAAACAAGCCUCUGCAGCAUGGAUUCCAAGUAAUAAUUAUAUUUUUGACAUCAGUCAGGGAGUUAAUAACCAUGACAUAAAUAUUACUGGAGACAUAAAACAGAAAAACUGCACCACUGUGUUUUCUGAUGUCAAGACAACACAAGAAACCAAAUACUUCCUCAGAAUAGAGAGAGGUGACUACAAGGCAACAGGCUGUUCUACUUCUCUUCAGAUUAAAGUUCAAGAUUCUCCUGAGAAACCCAGAAUCGAACCUGAUCUGAAAGACCUGAAGGAGCAUCAGUCUGUCACUGUGACCUGCUCAGCUUUCACUCCCUUCUUCACACAGCCUGCUAAGUUCGUUGCAUUUCGCACCAGGUAG